AAAUAAAGUUCUUAGAGUGCUCUGUGUAUCAUGUGGAAGAUUUUUGGUCUCUAUCUUCUUUACAAAACCUCGUAGAACUACAUAUACAUAAUACUCAAGAAAAUGUAACAUGGGCGCUUCUGAAGGAACUGAAAGUUUUAAGCAGUCUCCAAAACUUGCUUUUGGAUGACACCCACUUGGAAUUUUUAGAUGUUGUGGAAGUAACAAAAAUAAAUUGGCUCACCACCUUACGACUGGGACUUGCCGACAAGCGAUUUGUCCCUAUGCUGGCCCAGUUAACAAAUCUGGAAGACUUGCAAAUUACAUCAACCCAUUAUGCAGAGAGAGAUGAAAGCAACUUUGUUCUCUACUUUCUUGAAUCAUGCCGGAAACUAAGAUCGAUUUAUCUUUAUAGAUACUAUAACUUGUUUACAAAAGAUUACGUAAAAGUUAUCUUGAACAGUAUUAAGCUUUACAGGGAUCCACCCAUUCAUCCACCACUAAAAUUGCGCGGGAUUUUUGAAAUCGAUACCCUGAACUAUUGGACUUCCAAUGACUAUGACGAUUACGAUGAUGCUUACCUGAACUUGGAAUUAAGAAAGCCAAGCUUUUGGGUGGAGCCCCGAAAAGUAAAUUUUCCUUUGCGAUAAUAUAAAUGCAGCACUCAUUUUUGGAGACAUACAUUUUUUUAUAUACUCAUUACACAUGGAUUAUAAUAAACAAGAAAAAUUAUAUAAAUACGUCAACAGAAA